CACUUGUUGUUUCAGUGUGUAUUCUGUGGUGCGAGGGGUCAGGUGUAUCGGAGGGUUCUCGGGACCUUGUGAUUCCAUUGUGACGGAUCUUCCUUUAUCCAUCCGCACAGUUCCAAACCGGAGAGUGGCGGGUUUGGUGGCGAAUAAGGAAUCGAAGGUGUUGUCUCUUGCACAGCUUUAAAAGAUUCUGCCGCGGUGAAGGCUAGGUCUCCGUGAACAGAAAAGGUAUCGUUCCUCUUUGCCGUAGACACAAGAAAUGCCCGGAAGCCAAAGCUACGCACUGAUAGUACAUAUCAGAGCAGUGCAGACGGAACACUCUCAGUGAACUGUGAAAGAAAUGCAUGCAGACCUCUAAUACAUCUUUUGGAAAUGUGACAUGUUUGGUGAUUUAGUGAAAAAUCGUGAUACAGCCGGUUGAUACAAGAUAGAAAACGGGAUACGAGACCAUAGAAAAAGGAUGUUGUGUUAUGAUGUGGGCGGAGUCAUGACGUCAUAGCAGGGGCGUGGCAUAGGGGCGAUAGAGAGCGAACCGUGCGCCCAUGUCUGGCCAUGGGAGGGGCGUGACCUUGCCUCUCUGACCUAGGGAUGAUGGAGGCAUCAGGUGAGAUCGGACUUCCUGGCGGCGGAGGAGGAGGAGUAGGAGGAAUGGGAUUCGGGGGACCAGGAGCAUUGGGAAGAGGCCUCGUAGGAUCCCUAAGUGCGCUGCCCACACCGGGAGGAGCGAUGGGCGGAGGAGGAGGACCGGCUUCAGGAGGAGCAGGACGAGGAAAUAUGGUGAGGAGGGCGAGUCUCGGCAGCCAGCCCACGCAGGACCGAUGGGUGUGUCCCAACGACCGCCAUCUGGCACUCAGGGCCAAGUUGAAAAUGGGCUGGUCCACGUCGCAGCCCGUGCCCGUGACCCGCCAGGACUCGCUCUCGGAGGCGGAGACCAAGAUCAUCCUCGAGGUCAUCCAAAGGGCGGAGAAGCUCGACCUUGUGGAGCAGGAGAGGAUAGGGUUUUCUCUUCGGAUGCAGAGAAGCGUAGGAGUAACUGCAAGAGAGCUUAAUGGCCGCCCACCAGGGUCGUAA